UUUCUACAACUUCAACCAAAUCUGUGGCUCGUUUCACAAUGCAAAAUAAUUUAUAUACACCAGAGCGAACACUUCGUGUUAUCAGAUUGUGUUCGUCGCUUUUAUUUAUUCUUAAAUCAACUAAUAUUAGUGAAGGAGUGGGGAUACGUCCUCCGGGGCUCAAGAUAACGUGCGCGUACAGUACCUGAGAAUGUAUUUGGCUGCAAGGAAUUUCUAUAUUCAUUCUACAGGGAACUUGCAAGAGAGAUAGAACGUGCGUGUUGGUACACGUUGGUUAAUAAUUGUAUAGGUUAGGGUUCCAUAUAACAUAUUUACCAAUAUUAUUGUUCGUGCUUUUAAGGACUUUCUUUUUUAAUUGAACAAUGGCAAAGUUGAGCGUUGCCUAUGGAUUGUGCCCAUUAAUAGAUAAUAACAGUUUGUUGGGAGUUGGAGUUGAUGCUGUUCCAGAUUGUGUUAUUGUAACAAUUGGCAAAAACAUUGUUAUCAGAUACAAAUUUCAGGAUCAAAAGCAGGUUAGCAGUUGGAGUUCUAAAGACAAACUUACAUCUCCGGUAGUGUACAAUGUUAACAAUUCUCAGUAUUCUGCUGUUUUUAAUCAUGAUCAGUUAAGGAUGUGGAAUGAAGAAGAUCAAUUAGACAAAGUGAAAAAGUACAAGUUUCAGGAGCCUUUGCAUUGUGUGAUACCAGAUCUAGAUGGAGAUACGGCUUUCAUUUUGUAUCGAUGUGGAUAUGUGACCACCUUGACCCAAGCAUUAGAGACUCGUAAAAGUACUCUGAGCAAUACUGUUUUGAAGAAUUCAGAUUAUAUUAAAGAGCACACAUUGGUAUCAUGUAAUGGGGUAAAAUUGGUUGCAUUCACAUCCUCCAAUGAAAAGGACGAAAUUACAUUACAUGUAGUACCUGUUAUUACCGGAGCUCCUUCAGCACAAUACCCUGUGUUGUGUAACAAUGUCAGUCUUAUUGGUCAUGCACUGAUGGCAAAAGAGAAUUCGUGCUUCUUGUUUACGCUUUGGUCAGAUGGCUCUCUAUUUUCAUUCAAGUUUUUGCCUACUGUAGAUAUUAAUUUUCCUGGAACAUUCCUCCAGAAAGUAACUUCUGUUAAUUCAAAGCAUCCUGUUGCAAUUACUCCUAUUAGUAACAGCCACCUUGCCUUCUUUGGGGCUGAUUCAAGUGAAGAAGGUGCAACACUAAUCCUUCUUAAUUUAGAAUUUCAAUUAGUUCAAUCAAGAUUGCAUUUCAAGUUGUAUACGAAACCACCAAGACUUUGGAAUGUGAGCAGUCAUUUACUAGUUGCUGUUGGAAAUAAUCUUAUUGCUGUUCCAUAUCAUUUAGAAGUGGAGCAACUUUCUACACUUGUUGGAACACAUUCUUCAACAGUUCCUGUAACAGAGUCAUCAUGGAUGAACUCUAACAUCAAAAAGUUAGAACCCAUUGACAAGCAUGCACCAAAAAACCUUUGUCAGAAGAUAAAACUGCUGAGACAGGAAGGCUUUCCACAAGCAUCGAUAUUGCUGAAUAUUUUGCCUGACAUUCUUGAAGAGAAAGAUGUAAAAAGUCUUCUUUGGUGUUUGAAGACAUUUUCUGAUGUUCCUGAAAGGUGUGUCGUGCAAAUUUUGAAAUUCUGUUUUUCUAAAUCUGAUGCCUUUUUAAAUAAAAAAUCAGAGAAUAUUGUCAAGGAAACAACGGAAAAAGAAAAUAUGAAGAAUAUUAGCAAACAAACUACUGACCAAUCUUUGAAUUGUCAUGAGAGUGAAGAACAGUUGUUAGUUGAUGCAAUUUUGAGUGUAUCUUUCAGUGAUGUUUGCAUAAUGCCUCAUUUAAGAGGUGUUCCAUUUACAACAAUAUUAAGUUUAUUAAAUUAUUUGAGUGAUCUUAUGGAACAUGAAAGUACAGUCCCUCCUCUGAGAGUGAUAGAAUGGCUGUGUUUAGUUCUUGAUAGUCAUUAUCAAAAGUAUCUUUUGAGUCACAAUGAGGAGGUCCUAUCAUUAUUGACUAAGUUAAGUGAGGAAGUGAAUUCUCAGAUAGAAGGUUUAGAAGAACUUAAGAAAUUGACUCCUCUUCUCCACAAACUACAGAAUGGGAAAAUUCCAUCUAAGCUCUCUGAAAUGAGUGAUCGAAAAUAUUCUAUUGAAACUCUGCAAUUGUAUUAAAUGAUAGAAUGAGAUUUUAAACUGAAGAGAGAACUUGUGUAAAUUAUUUGGAUUUUUAUCCCAUAACAUACCUAAUGUGAAGAAAUCAACUCGCUAUUGAGAGAACAUGGAGAACAACAGAAGGAAUAAAAAAGCGUCUUACAAACUGCAGUACUUUUAGGGAGCAGUUGACGCUUUGCUACAUUCAUCCAAGUUGGUGACGAUGCUGAUUUUUAAGAUGGCCAGAGCAACAUUGAGUCAACAACCUUGAGUCACUGAAACAAUUUUGCACAAACAUGAAAUUAAGCAGAUCAACUACACUCGUUCAAAAUCUGGAACAAGAAUGCUCUUGUUCCUCUCUGUUUUCCUUCGAUCUCACUGUGUUGGAAGUCAAUUCAUGAAUUGAAAUUUGAAAAGCAAAAUUUUGUUUUACAUGUUUCAAUUUCCAACCUUCACCUGAAGUUUUUUUAUUGACUCAAGCUUUCUUCACAUAUUUAUUCUGUGAAGAGAGGAUUAUACUUAUAUUAAUGCUAAGAGGUCGAAUGGACAUUGGGCAAAUGGUUAUUUUUGUGUUGCCAUGCUUGCAAAAACCAUUGAUGUGUAUUAUUUUUACUAGAUUAUGUAAAUGUUCAGUUGUAAAUAUAUUAUAUUAAACUGUUGUUAUAUUUUUGCAAAAUCAAAUGUUUGUCAACUGUUGAAAUGCAGUGAUUAGAUAUUCAAUAGUUAUUUACAAUAAUUUUGUAAUAGUAUCAUGAAAUACAAUUGCCAAAAAUAUUUGAAGAUUAUAUUUUCUUUUCCCUAAUUUUUCAUAAUUUCUUUACACUGGUCAACAGCCAAGUUGAGAUAUUUAGAACAUUUGGAAGACUAAAUCAGAACUUUUAGGUAUCCUACUUUUUCAGUAGAAUCCCCUGCCAAAAUGUACAGGGUCCCAUUUAUAAAGAUCUGCUCCAUGGACAGCUCUGAAAUAAUUUCAAUGUAGGAUGUGAAGAUUGUGACAGCACUUGAUUGAACUUAAUACAUUUUUGCUUCUCUCUUUAUAUACACUAAAACUUCACUUAUAUAUUUUCCAGGGGACUGAAGGGAA